CGGGGUCCGGUUCAGCGGCCGCGGCUGCUCCCGCGCUCCCGGCAACGGCGGCGGCCCCGGAGCGGGUCCGGGCCCGGGGCCACGGUGCCUCUCAAGCACUGAAAGGCCGCGGUAAGUUCCCCCCGGGUGCGCCGAGGCAGCGUCUCCAAGAGAAGAGUGAGCCAUCCAGCGCUAAUUCCGGGGAUGGAAAACGGGACUGAGUUAGAGCUGGGACAGGAAAACGCGAACAGAAGGCCCUGAGUGUGUGAGCCAUGGAGAGGGGACUCAUGGCAGGGGCCGUGCGCAUCGGGAACCAGCUCAUUCUAGAAGAAGAUUACAACGAUUCCUACGUUCCUGAUGAGCAAGAAAUCCGGAACUUUGCACCGAUAAUCGGGAUUGACCCCGAGAAGGAGUCGGAGCUGCUGUGGCUGGCCAGGGAGUGCCUGGUGGCCCCGUUACCCCCUGACUGGAAGCCCUGCCAGGACACCACUGGUGAUGUGUAUUACUUCAACUUUGCAACGGGCCAGUCCAUGUGGGAGCACCCCUGUGAUGAGCAGUACAGGGAGCUGGUGAUCCGGGAGAGGGAGAAGCUGCUGGCACAGGGCAGCCUGAGGAAGGAGAAGAGAGAGAAGAAAGAGAAGAAGCAGAAGAAAGAAAAGAAAGAGAAGAAGGACAAGAAGGAGAAGCAGUUGCUGAAGCAAUCCCCUCCCUUGGGCCCCCACCUGGCCCCCAUCCAGCUGCCCCUGGGGCCCCUCUCUCCUCUCCGUGGCCUCGCUCCGUCUCAGUCCCUCGUCCUUCGUGGGUCCCCGAGCGUGGGCAGUGUGGUGGACUCCGACCUGAUGGCCAGGGAAGGAACACAGCUCGCAGAGAUCUGUAAACCCACUGGGCACACCAGGAACCUGCUGGGCUUGCUCUGUGACGAUGAGAAGAUUUCCUUGGACACGGCGGCUCUGGAUAAAUGGAGGAACGAGGAGGACGACAGUGAAAAUGAGAGUUUCCGUGGGACAUCAGGACUGUUAAAAAACCUGUACUUGGAUGUCAACGCCCUGGGAGGCAGCUUUGACUCUGAGGAGAACAGCGAGGCAGAGCAGGAGAACCCCAGCAGCCCGUUGGCUGAUGGUGCUGAUCCCCCUGGAACUGCUCCCCAGCACCCCAGGAGUCCUGUGGAGGAUGCUGGCAGCCUGGCAGAGAAGGAAUCUUUAAAAUCAAGACAUGCUGAAGAAGUGCAAGAGUCUUCCUUGGAUUCUGAUGCUGCGUGCCCUCCAUCUCCAGUUCAAAUCCUUCCUGGAGAUGCUGACAGCAGCCUGUCUGGCCAGAACAAGGAGGACUCUGGUGGGGAACUUGCUGGGGAUGAAGUACUGGACAAAGGUGAUGUUGAGGUGGAAGGUGACGUCCCUGCAGCUGAGGAGCUGCCCCAGUCUGUGGGGGAAAGGAGCACAGCAAGGAUGGAUGUGCCCAGCAGUCCUGGACAGCCUGGAGCUGCUCCUGCAGCUGCAGAAGAUGCCGAGGCAGAUCAGCUGGGGAGCCUGGCUGCCACUGCUGACACCGUGUCCUGUGGAGAAAAGAUGGUGGAUGAAGUGAGGGAAGAAGCAGCAGCUGAUCCAAAAACAGAGAGCAGGCUGGAUGCUGGUGAACUUUCAAAGGCAUCAGAGAUCAGUGGGGAGGACCUGCACGUCUCCAAUGGCUCCAAGAGGGAGCUGGCUCAGCCUGUGGUGUUGGGCUUCCAGAGCCAGCUUUCUGAAGAAGUACUGGAUGCAGGGGCUCCUGUCUUAGACAGCCCCGUGUGCAAGGCCCAGGAGCUGGGAGAAGAGGAAAAAGACCAAAGCAAAGCCAGUAUAGAGGAAGAGCAAAGCAAAAGAACAAAAGCUCCUGAGAGCGAGAGGGAUCUCGGUGCUUGUGAAACACCAGAGGAGUGUUUGGGUUUAGAGAACCCCGCUGGGGAGGAGGCGGCAGCCCUGGAGCAUGAGGAGGGAUCGCUGGGCAGCCCGAUGGAUCCAGAGGAGCUGUCUGCCCCACGGGACGUGCAACCUGAGGAGGAAAUCAAGGACCAGCAGUCCUUGAACCAGCCUAGAGAAGAAUCCCUGGAGGAAAUAGCCAAGAAUGUGGAGACAGAGCUUGAGCAAGAGGAAAUUCAUUUAUUUCAAGCAAAGGAGGAGAAAAUUCAGCAAUUCCAGGAGGAGACAAGGCAGGAGGAGGAAGCAGAGAACCUUGAUCAGCAAAAAGAAAAAUCCCUCAGGACUCCAGAAGAAGACUUGGCAAAGGUUUCUGAGGAGGAAGAGCUGCGUGUCAGAGAGGAAGAAGCUGAGAGACUGGCAAAGCUGAGAGCCAAAAUCGCCUCAGAGACCAAGGCAGAGGAGGAGAGGAUGAGGGCAGAGCAGGAGGCCACGCUGCAGAAACUAAGGGAAGAGUGGGAAUCCCAGCAGCUGAUGGAGAAGGAGAGCCUGGAGAGGAAGCAGCAGCUUGCCUUGGAGGAAAUGAAGCUGGAAAUGGAGGAAGCCCAGCAGAAAGAGAUCAGGGAGCUGGAACGAGAGAAGGAACAGUUCCUGAGCGAGGUCAGGGAGAGGUUAGACAGGGAGGAGAAGAAGGCAGUAGAGGAGCUGGAGGAACAGUUUGCAGGUGAACUCCAGCAGCUGAAGUCUGCAGCAGAAGAGAAGCAUCGUGAGGUCAUUUCCAGCCUGCAAACCCAGCUAGCAGAGGCACAGAGCAGCCAGGAGGCUCAGCUGCGUGAAGACUUGCAGAGAGCGGAUCAGAAAGUGCAGCAAAAAGCCUUCCAAGUGAAGGAAUACGAGCGGGAGCUCAGCGAGCUCAUGAGCGAGAAACGGCACGAGGUAGAAAGAGACCACGAGAGGAGGAUGGAGAGGAUGAGACAGGAGCACCGGGAGGCCUUAGCCCGGAUUAAGGAGCAGUUUGAGGAGGAGGAGCGGAGGCGGAGGUCGGAGCUGCUGCAGAGGGUGCAGAGCGAGACCCUGCAGCUCUGGCAGUCCCACAACGCCGAGGUGAAGGCUCUGCAGGAGGAGCUGGAGAGGAGGCUCACUGACCUGAAGCACAGGCACAGGGAGAAGGAAAGAAAAAUCCAGGAUGCAGAGAACGAGCUUGAAAUCCGUGCAAAGAGCCUCCAAGCCAGAUCAGAGCAGCUCCUCAGCCAGGAGGAGGACCUGCGAAGGAAAAGGCAGCAGCUGCUGGAUGAGGACAGGAGGACACAGCUGGAAAGGGAUGAAGCUGCUUUGGCCUCUCAGCUGCGGCUGGAGGAGAGCAGGAAGGAGCAUGGCAGCCUCCUCGAGUCCGUCCGGCAGCUGAGGAAGUCUCUGGAAGAGCUGCAGGACCAGAAGGCUGAGCUGGAGGCCCAGGUGGACCUGCUGCAGACCCGGAGCCAGAGGCUGCAGAAGCGCAUCGGUGAGCUGGAGGAAGCAGUCAGGAGCAGGCAGGAGACUCUGAAAGAACUGGAGGCAGAAGAGAGUGUGGAGUCUCCAAGAAAGCAAGCUGAGCUCCGUAUUGAAGACCUGAGAGAAAGUACUCAAGCUCCCUCAUCCAGAGAACUUGCUUCCUCAGCCUCUCAGAGCCACGAGGAGAGCGACUUCCAGUGUGAUCCUGUGCGGAGCUACAUCUCUGCGGAAGGGGCCUCCCUCCGGAGUGCCAAGGAGUUCCUGCGGCACCAGACCCGCUCCAUGAGGAGGAGGCACUCGGCGCUGAAGGCUGCGAGGGUGCAGUGGCGCCAGGACCUGCAGAAGGCACAGGAGGCACUGCAGGAUCCCCACAGCUCCCAGCUCCUGGAGGGCGUGCGCCAGAACCUGGAGGAGGAGGCAAAGCACUUGGACAAGAUGAAGUCGGCCAUGCAGAAAGGGCAGGUGCUGCUGCAGAAGAAGGAGGAGAAGCUCAGCCAGCUGGAGUCUUCACUGCUGGAGGAGCUCUCAGAUGAGGAUACACUGAAGAGUGCUGCCUGCAAGAAGGUGGUGACUUUUGAUCUGAGUGACUCUGAGGACACAGAGAGUGCAUCCAUUGGAGAACUGUGUCAGCCUAAAUUUGAUUUGAGGACGGAUUUAUGGCCUGUCCCCCAGCUGGACAAGAUCCAGCACUUGAGGGACUCUCUGCAGUGUAUCACCAGUGAGCUGAACGGGGUCCUGGGUGUCCUGGACUCCCUGAGCCAUCACCACACUCCUCUCUUCGCCUCGACAGCCCGUGAUGGCAUCCCUCUGUCCACAUAUUCCUCCUUGGCAGGCUUGCAGGCAGGCAGCUCCCUGGGGGAUAUUUCCAGGGUGCCUUCCACUGACAGGUGGGCCUGGAGCAGUGGGCUGAGCGCUGGUGUCUCCAUCUCAGGGCGGUCAGUGGACAACAUCCUGGCAGAGAAGUGGCACAGGUAUUUCCCAGAUGGGAUCUCAUCGCUCAGUGGGAAUCCCAAGCCUCUGGACAACAAGCUGGGAUACAUACCUGCAGAUGAACAGAUCCGGCAGCUGCAGCAUUCCAGGUUCCGUGAGCCGGGGAAGAUGAGCAUCGAAGGAAUGAUCGAGAGCAACAAGAAAUGGCUGAAAAGCUUCAGGAAGGACUCAAAAGCACCUCUCUCCCCACGUGCACAGAAGCCCCCAGCCAGCAGCACCAGCCCCAGCCUCCUCCAGCUGGGAAUGGAUGAAAACAGGCAAAUUAAGGUGUACCACUACUAAAAGAUGCCGAGCCACUUGCCAUUUUGCCUGAUGAGGACACCUGCACUUCAAGGGAUCCCAUCUGUGAAAAAUGAUCUUCAAAGCCAUUUCUCCUGAGAUGCCCCUCACCCUCCGUGCUGUGUGUGCUCCUCGGGUGGGUGAUGAUGCACAGCCCCCUCCUGCUCUGCUCCUGGGUGGUGUGUGCUGGCACACGCCGUGAGCACGGCAGGGGGAUGUUUACAUGCAAAUAGAAAUAUAUUUUUGGUGAACAUCAUUUUAAAACUCUUAA